AUGUGCAACAUGGCGAGGAAAAGAGACGACGCCCAACGAGGACCAUCAGUGAGAACCAUGGCGACGAAAUAGAAGACGCCACAGUUCCUGGAACUCAUCCCCCAGGUAUCUUUCUUUUCAUUUUUGUGAAAAUAUCUCGACGACUCAUCAAGAACCGUUAACUUUGAUAUUUCCGAAACAUUUAUCAAAAACCAUGGAUUUACUUUCUAGGUUCUGCCGCACCCCGGACUUGGAAUCAUCAAGACACUGGUCAAGACGCUGAAUGAGGUCCGCGACAUGAUGCUAACAUGGCGAGAAAAAGGACGACGCCCAACGAGGACCGUGAAUGAGAGUCAUGGCGACAAAAAGAAGACGCCCCAGGUACCUGAGACUCAUCCCCAGGUAUCUCUUUUCAUUUUGUGAAAAUGUCUCACAGGCAUGCAAGAUACCGUUAACUUUGAUAUUUCGAAACAUUUAUCGAAAACCAUGGAUUUACGCGCCAGGCGGUUCUGCCGCUCGGACUCGGAAUCUAGCGGGCAGCCACAGUCAGAGACGCUGAAUGGAAGCUCCGCGACAUGUGCACAACAUGGCGAGGAAAAAGGACGACAUGAGACCGUGAGAUGAGGAAACUCAUGGCGACGAAAUAGAAGGGCGUCCUGGUUCUAUGAACUCAUCCCAGUAUCUUUCUUUUUCAUUUUGUGCGAAAUAUCUCACCGACCUCAUCCAGAUGCGUAACGCGUUUGAUGUCCGAAACGUUAUCGAGAAUACAAUGGAUUUACUUUCUAAGCUUUCUGCCGCACCGGACUCGGAAUCGCAGGGCCCACAGAUCAAGACGCUGAAUGGGCUCCGCGACAUGUGUCAACCUGGCGAGGAGAGAGGACGACGCCACCGAGGGACCGUGAAUGAGAGUUCCAUGGCGACGAAAUGGCGCCACAGUUCCACUGGAACUCAUCCCCAGGUAUCUUUCUUUCCAUUUUGGCGAAAAUGUCACCGACUCAUCAAAAACCGCUAACUUAAAACACCACAAAACCACACAACACCCACCAACAAAACACAAAAACCACAACCCACAACAACACAAAAAAAACAACCCAACACCCAACCAUGGCGACGAAAUAGAAGACGCCACAGUUCUGAACUCAUCCCCAGGUAUCUUUCUUUUCAUUUUGUGAAAAUAUCUCACUGACUCAUCCAAGAACCGUUAACUGAUAUUUCGAAACAUUUAUCGAAAACCAUGGUUACUUUCUAGGUUCUGCCGCACCCCGGACUCGGGAAUCGCAAAGACACAGUCAAGACGCUGAAUGAGCUCCGCGACAUGUGCAACAUAUGGCGAGGAGAAAAAGGGACGACGCCCAACGAGGACCGUGAAUGCAGAGCCCAUGGCGACGAAAUAGAAGACGCCUACAGUUCCUGGAACUCAUCCCCAGGUAUCUUUCUUUUCCAUUUUUGUGAAAAUAUCUCACCGACUCAUCCAAGAUACCGUUAACUUUGAUAUUUCGAAAACAUUUAUCGAAAACCAUGGAUUUACUCUUUCUAGGUUCUGCCGCACCCCGGACUUGGAAUCGCAAGAUACAGUCAAGACGCUGAAUGAGCUCCGCGACAUGUGCAACAUAUGGCGAGGAAAAAGGGAGGACGCCCAACGAGGACCGUGAAUGAGAACCAUGGCGACGAAAUAGAAGACGCCACAGUUCCUGGAACUCAUCCCCCAGGUAUCUUUCUUUUCCAUUUUUGUGAAAAUAUCUCACCGACUCAUCCAAAGAACCGUUAACUUUGAUAUUUCCAAAACAUUUCAUCGAAAACCAUGGAUUUACUUUCUAGGUUCUGCCGCACCCCGGACUCGGAAUCGCAAGACACAGUCAAGAUGCUGAACGAGCUCCGCGACAUGUGCAACAUGGCGAGGAGGGAGGACGCUCAACGAGGACCGUGAAUGAGAACCAUGGCGACGAAAUAGAAACGCCACAGUUCCUGGAACUCAUCCCCUAGGUAUCUUUCUUUUUCAUUUUUGUGAAAAAUAUCUCACCGACUCAUCCAAGAACCGUUAACUUUGAUAUUUCCGAAAACAUUUAUCGAAAACCAUGGAUUUACUUUCUAGGUUCUGCCGCACCCCGGACUCGAAUCGCAAGACACAGUCAAGACGCUGAAUGAGCUCCGCGACAUGUGCAACAUGGCGAGGAAAAAGGGAGGACGCCCAACGAGGACCGUGAAUGAGAAACCAUGGCGACGAAAUAGAAAAACGCCACAGUUCCUGAACUCAUCCCCAGGGUAUCUUUCUUUCCAUUUUUGUGAAAAUAUCUCACCGACUCAUCCAAGAACCGUUAACUUUGAUAUUUCCGAAAACAUUUAUCGAAAACCAUGGAUUUACUUUCUAGGUUCUGCCGCACCCCGGACUCGGAAUCGCAAGACACUGUCAAGACGCUGAAUGAGGUCCGCGACAUGUGCAACAUGGCGAGGAAAAAGGAGGACGCCCAACGAGGACCGUGAAUGAGAACCAUGGCGACGAAAUAGAAGACGCCACAGUUCCUGGAACUCAUCCCCAGGUAUCUUUCUUUCCAUUUUUGUGAAAAUAUUUCACCGACUCAUCCAAGAACCGUUAACUUUGAUAUUUCCAAAACAUUCAUCGAAAACCAUGGAUUUACUUUCUAGGUUCUGCCGCACCCCGGACUCGGAAUCGCAAGACACAGUCAAGACGCUGAAUGAGCUCCGCGACAUGUGCAACAUGGCGAGGAAAAAGGGACGACGCCCAACGAGGACCGUGAAUGAGAACCAUGGCGACGAAAUAGAAGACGCCACAGUUCCUGGAACUCAUCCCCAGGUAUCUUUCUUUUCAUUUUUGUGAAAAUAUCUCACCGACUCAUCCAAGAACCGUUAACUUUGAUAUUUCCAAAACAUUUAUCGAAAACCAUGGAUUUACUUUCUAGGUUCUGCCGCACCCCGGACUCGGAAUCGCAAGACACAGUCAAGACGCUGAAUGAGCUCCGCGACAUGUGCAACAUGGCGAGGAAAAAGGGACGACGCCCAACGAGGACCGUGAAUGAGAACCAUGGCGACGAAAUAGAAGACGCCACAGUUCCUGGAACUCAUCCCCAGGUAUCUUUCUUUUCAUUUUUGUGAAAAUAUCUCACCGACUCAUCCAAGAACCGUUAACUUUGAUAUUUCCGAAAACAUUUAUCGAAAAACCAUGGAUUUACUUUUCUAGGUUCUGCCGCACCCCGGACUCGGAAUCGCAAGACACAGUCAAGACGCUGAAUGAGCUCCGCGACAUGUGCAACAUGGCGAGGAAAAAGGAGGACGCCCAACGAGGGACCGUGAAUGAGAACCAUGGCGACGAAAUAGAAGACGCCACAGUUCCUGGAACUCAUCCCCAGGUAUCUUUCUUUUUCAUUUUUGUGAAAAAUAUCUCACCGACUCAUCCAAGAACCAGUUAACUUUUGAUAUUUCCGAAAACAUUUAUCGAAAAAACCAUGGAUUUACUUUCUAGGUUCUGCACACCCCGGACUCGGAAUCGCAAGACACAGUCAAGACGCUGAAUGAGGUCCGCGACAUGUGCAACAUGGCGAGGAAAAAGGGAGGACGCCCAACGAGGACCGUGAAUGAGAACCAUGGCGACGAAAUAGAAGACGCCACAGUUCCUGGAACUCAUCCCUAG